GUUGCACUCAGUUACACUCCCUGCACUUGGUUACAGCACACGCAGUUUUCCUGGCGGGAAGCAAUGGCUGGAUGUGAAUUUUGAGAUCGCUCGCUCGCCGUUCAAACAUUACUUGAAUUUUUCUUCCAAAUAAACCUACAAGAGAUUCGACGAGAUGUUGACGAUACAAUUUGGACAAUGUGGGAAUCAACUCGGACACGACUUAUUCUCGAAGGUAUCUACCGAUCUUGAAAGUCUAAAUACCGGCGUUUCUUAUGGAGCUAAUUACGAGUACACGGAAAACACGAUCGAGAAAUGGUUCGACGGAAUAACGGAACGCGGCCGGCAUUUCGCGAGGGCGAUCCUCGUCGAUACCGAAGAGAAGGUAGUGAACAAGAUAUGUAAGGAUGCGAACGCAUCGUGGACCUAUCGAAUAAGCAACGUCGUUUGUCAAUCUGGCGGUGGUUGUGCCAACAAUUGGGCUUACGGCUACAAGAUAAACAGCCAACGUUUGUCAAAUAUUAUAUUGAAUAUAACGCGACAAGAGAUUGAGAAAUUAGAUCGUUUUCAAGGAUUUCUACUGCUUCUUAGCUCGGCCGGUGGCACAGGAUCCGGUAUUGGAAGCCGUAUGGUUGAAAUUCUACGCGAUGAGUAUGAGACUAAGUCUAUUGUCGCUGCGAUUGUGUUGCCAUUCAGCUUUGGAGAAGUCUGCACUCAAAAUUACAAUACUAUAUUGACUCUAGCUGAGUUCUCCGACAGAGCAGACUUUUCUAUGUUAUUUGAGAAUCAGCAGAUGCAUGCUAUGAGUACUAGUUUGUUGAAGAAUCCUAAUACCAUGUUAUACGACAUAAACAGUAUUAUUUCUGAGAAUCUGCUCGCUGCUUUUCAACCUACCAACAAGGCAAGAUAUGACAUGAAUUUUUUAAUAUCCAAAAUAGCUGCGCAUCCCAAUUUUAGAUUUGUAACAAUCAAGAGUACUCCUCAUGUUCCUGCAACAUGUCUGCAGUAUGAACCCACCCACAAGUGGGAUGUAUAUAUACGUCACUUGAAGCAGACUCUUCGAAUUUCAAAAUCGCAAACGGAAUUGACAAAUGUCCAAUUAAAAACACCAAAUCCUAUACCGGGCAAAACAGAUAUGUCUUAUAUGUAUAGUCCUUGUGUAUCUAAUAUUCUUGUAACACGUGGCAAAUCUGUAGAGAAUGACGCUGUAAUGUUGGAAGAUCUGCAGAAAAGACAUUUAUAUCCAGAGUGGAUUACGCUAGAGUCGUUCACUCACUUGCAUCAGGAACGCAAGUUUUUGAAUCGAGACAAAUUUUUAGCAUUGAUCACCAACAAUUCAGAGAUACAUCGGCCAUUGGACGCAUAUCUGGACAAAGCAUGGAAUUCUUACAAAUUUGCGGCUUUCUUACAUCAAUAUAAACAGUUUGGCUUGGAGGAAGACGAUUUCUUGGAAGCUUUUGCAAAAGUUGAGAACAUAGUGCAGGAAUAUAAAAACUUGAAGAGUUAUGGCGUUUACACGAGACCUUGAGUAUCACGGUCACGGUUACUACGAGAUGGGCGAGCGGUUGUGAUGUCAUUUGGGAAUCGACCGAGCUGCGACUACGGGACACGUGAAAGAGACUCGUAAAGGAGGAAAGACGGACAAAAAGGAGGCAGAGUAGAAGAGGGAGAAAGGCGACAAUAGAACGAACGAGCGAGUAU